CGUCUGCGCAGUUGUCUCAUCAUGGUUUGGAAAAGGGUGACGUUUGGUGGACUGAUUGUUGUUUGUUUGAUUACUUACGUAAGAUGUGCCAUCAACUAUAUUGUUGGUGCUGGUAUAGCUGACAUCACGGGUCCAGCCGCAGAAGUUGACAUGAUGGGUUAUGCUAAUCCUGGUCAAACAGCGAGGGGAAUCCACUUCCGUCAGUACAGCAGAGCAUUCAUCAUUGGGGACAGUGAUAACAAGACAAGGGUGGUUUUCAUCAGUGUAGACACAGGAAUGGUCUCUCAGCUCAUUAAAUUAGAGGUAAUCUCUAGGCUAAAGGCCGUGUAUGGAGACCUCUACACAGAGAGAAACGUGGUGAUAAGUGGCAUCCACACCCACUCUGGCCCUGGCGGCUUUCACCAGUACCUCCUCUUUGACAUCACCUCUCUGGGCUUCGUGAAGGAAUCCUACUCCACUUUUGUGGCUGGUGUUGUCCAGAGUGUGAAGAAUGCCCACGAGUCUGUGCAGCCAGGCAAUAUUUACAUGAAUGAAGGGGAACUUCUGGACUCUAACAUCAAUCGAAGCCCAACAGCUUAUGCUAAUAACCCUGGGGAAGAGAGGGCAAAAUAUGUUCACAAUGUGGAUAAAAACAUGACAGUGCUGAAGUUUGUGGACCGUAACGGGAAUGGCAUCGGAAUGAUUAGUUGGUUUGCAGUUCACUGCACCAGUAUGAACAACACAAAUCGCUUGAUCAGUGGUGAUAAUAAGGGAUAUGCCUCACAGCUAUUCGAGAGGGAAAUGAACAAAGGGACCUUACCUGGACAGGGAAAGUUUGUGGCCGCAUUUGCACAGAGCAAUGAAGGGGAUGUGUCUCCAAACACUAAAGGCCCUCACUGUCUGGAUACUGGCCUACCCUGUGACAACCCAACAAGCACCUGCAAUGGAAAGAAUGAGAUGUGUGUUGCAUUUGGACCUGGCAAAGACAUGACAGACAGUACAAGGAUCAUAGGGUUAAAUCAGUACAAUAAAGCAAUGGAAUUGUAUAAAUCUGCUAGCAAACUGAUCACCGGGCCUGUAGAUUUCAAGCACACGUAUGUGGACAUGACAAACGUGGAGAUACAGCUGAACUCUACCACAAAGGUUAAAACCUGUAAACCUGCCAUGGGAUACAGUUUUGCUGCUGGUACCACAGAUGGGCCUGGCAUGUUCAAUUUUGUCCAAGGGUCGAAGUCAGAAAACCUGUUCUGGGAUUUGGUCAGAGAUUUUCUGGCCACACCGACUGAUGCUCAGAGAAGCUGUCACGCUCCCAAGCCCAUCUUACUGGAUACUGGUGAGAUCAAGAACCCAUACCAGUGGCAGCCAUAUAUCGUAGAUGUACAGUUAUUAAGAGUAGGAAGCAUGUUCCUUGUGGCAGUGCCUGGUGAAUUCAGCACAAUGUCUGGAAGAAGGUUAAGAAACGCUGUUUCCAAGGUGUUAACAUCCGGCGGAGUGUCAAGCACACCUGUAAUUGCUGGCCUCUCCAAUGACUAUGCAGAUUACAUCACUACUUUCGAGGAAUAUCAGAUACAGAGGUAUGAAGGAGCAUCCACCAUCUAUGGCCCGCACACCCUCAGAGCUUAUAUCCAAAACUUUGAACUCUUGGCAGAGGCAAUGAUCAAGGGCACCAAAGUAGCACCAGGUCCCAACCCUCCCAAUCUGCUGAAUAAGCAGUUAUCUUUCCUUCCCCCUGUCAUCUUUGACUUGCCCCCAGCUGGGAAGCAGUUUGGAUCAGUGGUACAGGCCCCAGACUCCAGCUAUAAUGUGGGUGACAUUGUCACAGUUAAAUUUGUGAGUGGAAAUCCUCGCAACAGUGUUGAGCAAGCCAACUUCACCAGCUUUCUGACAGUUGAAAAGCAGACCCCAUCCUCAUGGGAAGUGAUGUUGACUGAUGCAGACUGGGAUACACUGUUUGAAUGGCAUCAUACAAGCUUCAUCCUAGGGGAGAGUGAGGUGACCAUAACGUGGAACAUCACAGCUACAGUGACAUCGGGUAACUACAGGAUAACCCACCAUGGACACCACAAGAGCAUUGGAGGUACUAUAACACCAUACAAAGGUACAACAACAACGUUCAAAGUUGGACCUGCCAUCGAUGUCAACACUGAGUUAAAAAAGCUGCUUGCUAAUACUAAUCUAAUUGGAUAAACUCUUAAUGUAACAAUUAAUAACAUAGGUUUUGUUCAUGGGCAGGGUUAACUAGAAAACCUGAAAAAUUGGAAAGUAAAAAUGUAUUGCAUAUAAACUAUAUAGAUAACCUCUCUAAUGAUGGAUCCACCACAUCUGGAGUCCCACCAAGCCGUCCUAAUGCUACAAUGCUACUUUACAUUCCAUUCCCGCAGAGACCAGGUAUGACAUCAUAAUGUCACAGAAAAAACAGAAUAUUUUUAAUAAGUUUGUGGACAUUUUGUUGACCUACUUGCAACUUAGAUAUUAUUGGUCAAAUAUGUUUUUUUGAAUGAUAGUUUGGAAAGUCUGGUAGAAAAAAGAAACAAAAAACAUUGUUUGUCCAUAUGGAUUUAAGGGCAUGGUGUCUUUGUUUUUGUUUUCUUCUAGUCUGUCAACUAAAUUUUCUUUGUUAGUAUGAUAUAUGCAUGUGAAGUUUGUUACUUUUGUGUUAGUUGAGCAUUUAAUCGCUUCAAACAGCAUUUGAAUAUUUUAUGAGGAGACUUGUCUAAGUGGAAAUCUGCCAGCUCAUGAUAAUUUAAUACUGUACGUGACACAUAUUAAAUGCUUUCUGAAAUAAAUACCUUUUAGUAGUGAAAGUAGACGUGUUUUGUGUCUUCACAUGGUUUGACAUUUACAUUUAGGUGUGUCUUUUAUAAUUUAGGAUAUAGGUAUGCCAAAUAUUAAUGCCUCACACAGCCUUAUUGAUAUAAUUCUGAUAUCAUGAAAAAUUUCAUGGGUUUGUCAAUAUAAUUACAAUGUUACUUGUACAGAUAAUGAGCUCUUUAUUAAUAAAAGGUAUAUGAGGUAAAAAAAGAUAUCAGCUAAUUCCAAUGAUUUGAUGGCAUUGGCAUAAUUUUCGUUACACUUAUACCUGUAUCUACAUGCACUGCUAUCAUUUUUUGUUGAUUCCUGCAGAAAUUUUUUUACAGCAAUUGUUUAUGGUUUUAUACCAUUUUAGAUUUCUAGAAAAAGAUUAUUUAAUGAUAUUUUUGUGGAAAGUAUGAAUUGUUUAUAAUGUAAUGUGAUACAAUGUGUGAUAUUAAAUGUGCUGUAUUGUACAUCACUUCCAUUCAAAAGUGCUCAAGGGGGCCACUUUAUAGGUCAAUUAAGGGUAGCUGUGUAGAAUUUUGUCACAAAUCACUUGCUUGUGAACCCACCAUUGAUGAAAGUGGUACUGUAUUUUGAUGUCACAAAUCACUUGCUUGUGAAAUCCACCAAAUUUACAAGAUACCUGUAAUUAAUUUAGACAUUCAUUGUGAGGGAGCAAAGCAGUAAAAAAAAAGCCAUGUGUUUUUUGUGUAAAAUA